UCUGUUGGGAUUAUCAAAUGACAGAUACCGAGCUAACUUUACAUGUUCGUGCCGUUAUUAUACAUUUUAUUGAGUAGGUGUUGGUCGGUGUUUAAAAUAACCUUCUCACUAUAAUUCUAAUUUAUAUUUAGAAUAAACUUUACUGUCGUAACCCGGAACUCGUAUAGUGAAGCAACAAAACUGCCACAGAAGUAGCUAAAAUAGCAAACUAGCCAGAGGUUUGCCUGAAGUUCCAGUUAGCUUAACCAGUUAAUAUGGGCAUCCAAAGAAGUUGAAGUAACAAUAGUUCGUCUCAUUUGGAGCACUAGAUAACAUGAUGGUCGAGGAAGUGUGCAGCCUAAUUGACAUUAUGACAACAAAGUAACUUUAGGCAUGUGGCUAAUACAAGAAGAGUCCCCAACUGCUUUCAAAGAACAGCAACACAAUGGGAAACCAGGAGUUGGAAGACGUAUUUGUUGCAGUCAUCCGUCCGAAAAAUACUGUGAGCCUGACCUCCAAAGAAUAUCGUGCUAAGGCGUAUGAGAUCCUCCUAAUUGAGGUUCCUCUGGAAGGGAAAGAGAAAAAGAAGAAAAAAGUUCUGCUUGGAACUAAGAUCCAACCUAACGGAGACAAAGCGAGGUCCAUCCUGGAUUAUGUUGAUGAAACAACAAAACCGAUCUCCAAUAACCAGGGACUGAUUGGAAAGCGUGUGGUGCAUAUGAAGAAGUUCCCCUUGGAUGGGGACCGAGAAGGAAAGGAGGCUUCUCUGUUUAUUGUGCCAAUCAACAUGAAAGACAACAGUAAACCCAACUACCAUCCCGGCAGUCCGAAUUUCUACUGCCUGCAGGACAUCAUGCGUGUGUGCAGCGAGACCAGCACCCACUUCUCACCCAUCACCUCCAAGAUGCUUCUGGCACUUGACAAAUGGAUGGCGGAGCAGCACACGGUGCCUCACGCCAUCGCGGCUCUCUUCCGCCCGGCGCCCCUGGACCGCAUCAAGACCAACGUGAGCAACCCGGCGUACGCGCCCGAGAGCUGGCAGAGUGACGGCCCACUGCACAUGGGCUACACGGCGCUGGAGAUCAAGAGCAAGAUGAUGUCGCUGGAGAAGGCCGACAUGUGCGUCUUCAACCCGCUCUACGGCUCCGACCUGCAGUACACCAACAGGGUGGAUAAAGUCAUCAUCAAUCCCUACUUUGGCUUGGGAGCUCCCGACUACUCCAAGAUCCAGAUCCCCAAGAGGGAGAAGUGGCAGCACAGCAUGAGCAGUGUGACUGAGGACAAGGAGCGUCAGUGGGUGGACGACUUCCCCCUGCACCGGAGUGCCUGUGAGGGCGACACAGAGCUGCUGACGGAGCUGCUGUCCAAACUGCCGGAAAGUCGCCUCUCCGUCAAACAACUGGACAGCGACCACUGGGCCCCCAUUCACUACGCCUGCUGGUAUGGGAAGGUGGAGGCCACAAAGCUGCUUCUAGAGAAAGGGAACUGUAACCCCAACCUGCUGAAUGGCCAGCUCAGCUCUCCUCUACACUUUGCCGCAUUAGGGGGUCAUAAAGAGAUCGUCCAGCUCCUCCUUCAGCACCCAGAGAUAGACCGGCACAUUGAGGACCAGCAGAAGAGGUCUCCUUUGCAGCUGUGUGAGGAGAACAAGCAGAACGAUUGGGAGGAGACGGUCAAACUCCUGCAGGAAGCCAACAGCAGACCGUAUGAGAAGGUGCGGAUCUACCGCAUGGACGGCUCGUACCGCUCGGUGGAGCUGAAGCACGGCAACAACACGUCCGUCCAGCAGAUCAUGGAGGGCAUGCGCCUCUCGCAGGACACCCAGCAGUACUUCACCAUCUGGAUCUGCUCCGAGAACCUCAGUCUCCAGCUGAAGCCUUACCACAAGCCCCUGCAGCACCUGCGAAUCUGGAACGAGAUUGUGACGGACCUGACGGUUCUGGACCCGCAGAGGGAGCAUCCUCUGCUCUUCCUCAGGAGAGACGUCCGGCUGCCUCUGGACAUCGAGAAGAAGGUGGAGGAUCCACUGUCCAUCCUGAUCCUGUUUGACGAAGCCAGGCACUGCCUCCUGAAGGGCUUCUACCCGUCUCCAGACAGCAAGCUCAUCACCCUCGCCAGCCUGCUGCUGCAGAUCAUCUAUGGCAACUACGAGAGCAAGAAGCACAAACAGGGCUUCCUCAAUGAGGAAAAUCUCAAGUCCAUUGUGCCCAUAUCUAAAGUCAAGAGCAAAGCCCAUCACUGGACCAACAGAAUUCUCCACGAGUACAAGAAUCUGAGCACUAGUGAGGGUGUAAGUAAGGAGAUGCACCACCUGCAGCGCCUCUUCCUGCAGAACUGCUGGGACAUCCCCACCUAUGGGGCGGCCUUCUUCACGGGACAGGUCUACACCAAGGCCAGCUCCAGCAACCACAAGGUCAUCCGUGUCUACGUUGGGGUCAAUACCAGAGGCCUGCAUCUUAUGAAUAUGGAGACCAAGGUGCUGCUUAUCAGUCUGGAAUACGGGUCAUUUAUGUGGCAGUUGGGUCAAGCUGACCUGUACUUCCAGAUCCAUAGCGUCCAGAACAAGAUGAACUUCAUUGUGCACACCAAACAGGCUGGCCUUAUAGUGAAGCUGCUGAUGAAGUUGAGUGGGCAAAUCGUUCCAAACGACAGACUUUCUGCAGACAAAUAUGCUUACGGUUAACCCCAGAGCUUCAUGAUGUGUGUUGUGUGUUUUACUUUGUAUUUUUAUAAAAUUGUUGCUUAUUUACUUUUAUGUCACUUUUUUUUUUACUUAUACUCCAAAAACAAUAAUGCUGAAAUGUAAUACCCAGUACUAUUCAUGUCAUGUUAGUUUUUUUUUUUGUUUCUAAGCAUUACAAAUGGCUUGUUUUCAUUGUAAUAUUUUUCCAUGGAAUGUAAAUAUGUGUAUUUAAUGGUUCUGUUUUA